UAAACAUUGAAAAAAGGAAACAGGCAGCAGCACUGUCAGUCAGAGUCAUCAUACUUUCCUAAAGUAAACAGACUGCUCCAUUCCACUUCAUUUACAACCAAUACCUGCGUAUCCGGUCUCCAACAUGCCCCGCAUUGAGAAUGACAUCAAGCUGGACUUCAAGGAUGUCCUCCUUCGUCCAAAGCGGAGCACUCUCAAGUCCAGGAGUGAGGUGGAGUUACUGAGGAGCUUUACGUUCAGGAACUCCAAGGGCAGUUACAGAGGGAUUCCCAUCAUCGCGGCCAACAUGGACACAGUGGGUACCUUCGAGAUGGCCCUGGCUUUGCACCAGUUCAGUCUCUUCACAGCCAUCCACAAGCAUUACACUGUUGAUGACUGGUUGGAGUUUGCCAGGAAUCAGCCACAAUGUGUGGAGAGUGUAGCAGUGAGCACAGGGACCGGUGAAGGAGACUUUGAGAAGAUGUCGGCCAUCUUGACGGCGGUGCCUCAGCUAAAGUACAUAUGUGUGGAUGUGGCUAACGGCUACUCUGAACACUUUGUCCACUUCGUCAAAGACGUCAGAGAGAAGUUCCCCACACACACUAUAAUGGCAGGAAAUGUUGUGACAGGGGAGAUGGUGGAGGAGCUGAUCCUGGCUGGGGCUGACAUCAUCAAAGUGGGCAUCGGACCAGGGUCUGUGUGUACAACCCGCAAGAAGACAGGGGUGGGCUACCCCCAGCUCAGUGCUGUCAUUGAGUGUGCAGAUGCAGCCCACGGCUUAGGGGGCCAUAUUAUCUCUGAUGGAGGAUGUACCUGUCCAGGAGAUGUCUCCAAGGCUUUUGGUGCGGGGGCUGAUUUCGUCAUGCUCGGCGGUAUGCUUGCUGGUCACACAGAAAGUGGAGGCGAGAUCAUUGAGAAAGGAGGCAAGAAGUACAAAUUGUUCUACGGAAUGAGCUCCGACACGGCCAUGAAGAAACAUGCAGGAGGCGUGGCUGAGUACAGGGCAUCAGAGGGGAAGACGGUGGAGGUUCCCUAUAAAGGCCCCGUGGACGAGACAAUACGGGACGUCCUGGGUGGGGUCCGCUCCACAUGCACAUACGUCGGCGCUGGUAAACUGAAGGAGCUGAGCCGCAGGACGACCUUCAUCAGGGUCACGCAGCAGCUCAACACUGUGUUCGGCAAUGACAGCUGAAGAUUUGGCCUCGCAUCGGGGACUGAGCCUGCGACGCUGCCUGUCUGACCACAGGAUGCUGUGUGUGCUUUAGGCACAGGUAAACACAAAGGGACAGACACAUUCCUUUUUCUGUGUUCUGAUUUGGUUUCUUUGUUGUUUCCAAAAGUUAACAUUCCCCAACUGGGUCGCCUUUGGUUUCUUUAUUCUUUCAUACAAGCCAACAAGUAUUUAAGGGUUCAGUGUCUUAAGAAAGUGUGUGAUCAGUCCAACAUAAGCUGCUUCUCUAGGUUUUUCAACGUUUAUGCAAAAAUGACAGCGUAGGUGUCACCUGCAGCCUUAGAGUUUAUAAAAACGAUCUGUCUUAAAUGAUUCAGGAGCAUAUACAUGAUGUACAACUGCCAUGGAAGAUUUUAAAAAACUGUACUUAAAAAAAUCUGUACUUAAUUAUUAAAUUUUGCACUUAAUAUUUAAUUUGGAGUAAUCUAAACUGUAACGGUCACAAUGGAGUAUUAGAAGUAGACUGAGGGGGAAAUAAACAUUUGAUAUUUCCACAAUAAAGUCAGAAUAUUUCAACAAAAAUUACAACUUUUCUUGUAAUAUCCCAUUUGUCGCCACAGUAACAAAACAGAAAAACAAGUCUUCUUUCACAAAUUAUAAUUACUUCAUCAUACCUUUAUAGAGCUGCAACCGAUUAAUCGAUUAGGUGUUUGAAGCGAAUGCCAAAAUUCCCGAUUCAAUUAAUCGACUCUAAUUGAUUGAAAGGAAAUAUUCUAUUGCAGUUUUCCUGAAUUGAAGCUUCUUUGUGUGUCACAAGCGUCCGUGUGAAACACAACAGUGGAACCAAUGUUUAACAGCAGAGAAAUGACGGAAACAAAGCUUUGAUUCAGGAGAAUUGUGGUUGAAUGAUUGUUUUGGAUCACUUGGAGUUGAUUAAUCGGUUGCAGCUCUAUACCUUUAUUCUCAUCAUGUUUUGACUUUGUCCUUUAAAUGUUAUGACUUUAUUCUCCCAAUAUCAAAUGUUGGCAGUAAUAGUGCUUUGUAAAUUUCCCUUGGUCUUAUCCUUUUUUUUGUCCUAAAACGUUUUUUGUCAUUUUACUAAUUAAAUAGAUUUGGUAGGAUAUAUGGACCAGUGCAAACCUUAAUUAUAUAUGCAGCACUAGAGCACAUUAUGACAGACUGUAUAUGGAGCACACAUUUAGUAGUGAUGUCCUACCUUUAUAAAAGAUUUGUUAAAGUUAAAAAAAAACCCAACUAUAUAUUUAAUCUGUUCUCGUCUUUGCUUCCUGAUAUAUACCAAAGGGUUUUAGCUUGUUGAAUCACUGUACACAUUCAUAUUUUCUUCUGUUACCUUCUUUGAAGUAAGUGGUCCUUCCAUGAAAUUAUCUAGGUCUUAUAGUUUUGUACCAUCAGUAUUUAACAUGGUUCACCAAACCUGCAAAGCCUGUAGGUAGUAGUACUGAAUUCAAGCUGUAUUCAUGUGUUGUUUCAUUUUAUACUGUCGCAUUCAUUGUAUUUGACAGAAUGUUACAUGCACGGUUACCAACGGUUUUUCUAUCACUUCACAUUUUAUUCGGUCAAUAAAAACAUUCCACAUCUUA